UUAUAUAUUAUAUAUAGGCCUAAUAAAGAAAAAGGAAUUAAAAAAAAGAGACUCACAUACAAAAGUGGAUAUGGGUUACAACGCUUUAAUCUUAAGAAGCCCAAAGAAAGAAGAACAACAAGUCCCGGACUCCAUUGUUACUAAUGACUUGUCCGAGGGCAAAGACAGUAAUUUGGCCAGUGAAGAAGUUGAUAUACUGGAAGAUUUGGAGAGAAUUCUGGGCAUUAAUGAAGAAGAAGCUCAUAAGUUGACUAAGUGUAGUACUAAUGUUAGUCAACUUAACUGGGAAUUCAUGGAAUGGGAUGAGUUUCGUAAUGGAGAUGAAGAAGCUGAAGAUGAAGAGGAAGACAUCUCAGAGCAGAAGAUGUUAUUCGACAAGGAUUAUUAUUAUGAUAAAAAUUACAAGUGCUUCUUUGAAGAAGAUGAGGAAUAUUUAGAAGAAGAAGAAGAAGAAGAAGAAGAAGAAGAAAGAUACUACAGAAGGGGUGAUGUAGGUAAUGUUAUAAAUAUCAAGAAAGAGCAAGUUGGGUUUUGGGAUGAUGAUUAUAAUAAGAACGCUUCGUUGAAUCUGAGCUUGAAUUAUCAAGAGGUUUUGGAUGCUUGGUCCGAUCGUGGCUCUCUCUGGGCUGAUGAGUACUCUCUUUCAGUGGCAUCAAAUGGCUCUAAUAAUACUUAUAUGGGAGAAGUUCCAGUGUUAAUGGAAGAAGAAAGAAGAAGAAGGGAAGCUAGUGUUCUUAGGUACAAGGAGAAACGCCAGACUAGACUCUUCUCGAAAAAGAUAAGAUAUCAAGUUCGCAAACUCAAUGCAGAUAAAAGACCCAGACUCAAGGGUCGUUUUGUGAAGAGAGUUUAAAGAGAAUUGUGCUGAAAAAGGGUAUGAAAUAUCUAUAUUACGUAUACCAAAAUAUCUGAUAACUCCACCAGUGGACUUUUCCUUGCACAAUCAAAAUAUCUUUAUAUAUCUCUUUUUAUUUUUUAAAAAAAGAUCAGUCGCUAUAAAAUUAUUUAUUUAUUUGUUCUGGGCACCUAGCUAGUUGUGGAAUUAUGUUUUUCUCGAAACGUCGAUAUCUUGAAUUAUUGCUGCUGUUGUUCUUCACAAUAUCUAUUCUAGCUAGGGCAUGGCCUUUCUCUGGCAUAUAGUUUAUAGUGGUGGACUGUACGUAUACACACAUUUUAUAUGUGCAAAUAUAUAUAACACGUAUGUAAUAUUCUAUAUC